CUCUCUCCUCUCCAUUCCACACAAUUUCGCUCCAUAAUCUUAUUCCCCCUUUGCCCCUGGAACCCUCUCUUCCAAUGUAUGCCACCUCUUCCACCCCCGCUCUAUCCACGGCCGCAACCGCCGCGGUUACCGCCAAUAUAGUCCAAAAAACUCUCCUUCCAUCAUCGAUCACGACAUCCUCCACUCGUUCUCUCCGGGGAUUUCGAAUCAAGGCCUCGGUUUCAACAUUUCCUGACACUAUCCGAGUCGACUCGAGGAAUUCAUCGCUGAGUCUGUACGAAAUACUCCAGGUCAAUCCAACCGCGUCGCAAGUGGAGAUCAAGACUGCGUAUAGAAGUCUUGCUAAGGUAUACCAUCCUGAUGCGAUGUUAGAUCGCAAUGAUGAGCCCUCGGAAGGAGUUGAUUUUAUUGAGAUUCACAACGCUUAUGAGACGUUAUCGGAUCCGGCAGCGAGAGCGGUUUAUGAUAUGUCUUUAUCGGCUGCCGCGAGGGAUUUUUAUAGGAGAGCGGUUGGAUGUUCGGGUGGAUAUUAUACGACCCGAAGAUGGGAAACCGAUCAGUGCUGGUGAAAAGAAAAUGGAAAACUGACAUGGACCUGGAUUGACUGGGUAUUCGGGUCGGGUUUGUUUUUAAUUUUUUAGCUUCAGGAUUUUUCUUCUUUUUUUUAGUAGUUUAGACAUGUCCCUGCGGAGGCACCGUGUAAAGAGGUAGAUUUCGUUUUUUUUUUUCUUUUUUUUAAACGAAAUGCAAUAGAAAAAAAA